CCCAUGGGCUCUGCUUGAGUGGGUUCCUUUACCUGCCCCUCAGGCAGCAGCAAAAUUAGAAGCUGACUUAAAGCUGCAAGGCUUGAGAGUCUGUGGAACUGAGCAUCUGCAGAGAUACACAGCCUCAGGAACUAGGGCUGGAAAACUCUUCUCCAGAGGUAGACUCCCACCCUGCAGCCUGCAGCUGAGCUGGCUGAUUACACAGUGGUCAGUGAUGCCUUAGGAUAAAUUAGGAUUUCUCUCCUCCUCUUGCAAAUUCCCACAUUGUAAAGCCAAAGGAUGCAGCAAGAAGAGUGGCAGCCACAGGAGACAGGUUACCAAAAAUAGACCUUCUCCUUUUUGAUUUCUUUUUGGUGUAAUUUCCUGACUGCAUUAUUGAAACAACAGUGACAUAAGGGGCAUGAUACAGCAACAGGGAAGACAGAAGCAUGUAAAAGCAAAAGAGACAAUGACAUAUUUGUGUAGAAAAAAGAAAAACGAGCUGGCAGUAAAGGGGAAUUCACAAAUUAUCUGAUAAAAAGGCACAUAGCCAUUUCCUUGCUCCCCCAACCAUUCUUAGAGUUCUCUGACACAUGAAAGAUACCAAAAGGAGAAAAAAAACCAACAAAACAACAACACCCAAAAAGCCAACAAAUGAAAGACAAACCACCACCCCAAAUUACAGCAAUUACUUGAUCAGGGAAUUUUCACUUCCUAUUCUGUGAGAGAGAAAUUCCCCGGGUCAUCUGACCUCUGUUGAAAUUACACCAGGAAGAGGAGCAGUGGCAGUCAACAAGUGCAGGGCGUUCUCUGGCUGUACAAAAACCUCCCAUGUGUGAGCCAGAGCUCAGAGGUGCAGGGAUGUGCAGGUGUGUGUACACAUAGUGAGGAGAGCUGCGAACAUCCUGCCAGCCAGAUCAUCUCUUGCACAACUCUCUGGUCCUGUGCGGCCCGGCAGACCUUUUGCUUUUCCUUUCGCUGCUUGUUUCCAAGAAUGCCUCCAGAGCAGAUCUUCUGAGGAGCAAUUUCAGAGCUAUUUCCUCACGUGCAGUUUCCUCGCGUGCUGCUGAAAGCAGCUCUCCAAGAAGAGGUGGUGGCCAGCAUCAUGGUGGGAAUAAUGGCAAUGAGGACGUGGAUUGAGCCAGUGGUUGCGGGUUCCCAAGUGGCCAGUGCCUUCUAUGACACAGCACUGCUGCUGGUAGUGAGGAACUACUACAACCAGACCAACGGCACUGCUCCCUCCCACGUCCUGGAAGAUGCUCAGCAGAAGGCUGUAUCUAAUUUUUAUAUCAUCUACAACCUCGUCCUGGGCCUGAGCCCGCUGGUGUCAGCCUAUGGCUUGUCCAAGCUGGGGGACAGGAUACAUCGGAAGAUCCCCAUCUGCUUCCCUCUUGUUGGCUAUCUGGGCUCCAAAACUCUCCUGCUCCUCCUGAUUCUGCUGGGCUGGCCAGUGGAGGUGAUGUAUGGGGCUGCUGCCCUCAAUGGGCUGACAGGAGGCUUCACCACACUUUGGGCAGGCAUCAUGGCUCUGGGAUCCCUGGGGUCCUCUGAAAGCAAGAGAUCUCUGCGGCUCAUCGUUAUCGAACUGGUGUAUGGUCUCGCUGGCUUUCUGGGAAGCAUGGCGUCUGGCUACCUCUUUGUUGGCUUCAGUGACCACUAUCGAGAAGGCACCGUGCUGGUGUGCUGCAGCAUUGCUUGCUAUGCCUUCUGUCUCCUCUACAGCAUUUUUGUCCUCGCAGUCCCCAAGCUUGCCGCUUCCUGCCCAGCAAAAGCCAAGAGUCCAGAGGAGAUGGGUGGUCAGCUACCAGAAGCAGCAGUAGCAGGGAGUUCCCAGCCUUCAAAGGGCAGGAUCUCCACUCCAGUAUCACCCUCAAAACUCACCAUCAUCCUGCUGUUUGUGGCAGCAAUCCUCUACGACCUUGCUGUGGUUGGUGCAAUGAAUGUACUCCCCCUGUUCUUGCUCAGGGAACCUUUGAGUUGGAAUGCCGUGGAGAUUGGCCAUGGCAAUGCUGCUGGGUACGUGAUCUUCAUUACCAGUUUCCUAGGGGUGCUCGUGUUCUCCAGAUACCUGAGGGAUAUUACCAUGAUCAUGAUUGGAGUAGCAUCGUUCAGUGCUGGCAUCCUCAUCAUGGCCUUCGUGCAGUGGACAUUCCUGUUCUACAUUGCACGGGCAGUGAUGCUGUUUGCCCUCAUCCCCUUACCAACCAUCAGGUCCAUGUUGUCCAAGCAUGUUGAAGGAUCAUCCUAUGGUAAGGUGUUUGUCCUGCUGCAGCUGUCUUUAGUCAUCACAGGUGUAGUGACAUCUACAAUCUACAACAAGAUCUAUCAAAACACACUGGACUGGUACAGCGGCUUCUGCUUCAUUUUGUCUUUUCUAGUUGGCUGCCUGAGUCUCCUCCCUUUAAGCUUUGUGGCCAUCAAACAACGGUCAACCACUGGCUCCCUUGAGAUUCUGACUGAGUAACAGAGGCAUCUUCUGGUUAUCACUAGUCUCUACACUUACUAACACAACAGGAUACAUAGCAUUUUUAUUUCCACUUCACAGCAUGCCACAAUCUCUCAGCCAGUAAGGUUGCCCAGGAAGAGAUGUCUGCCUUGUUAUUUUUGCAGCACACAUCCCAUCCUGCAGAAUAUGUGCAUUGGUUAUUGCACAUCAGCAGUCCUCAGAGCAUUCUGAUUUUUGCUAGGCUGGUUAGCAAUACCAAUUAGGAACAAGAAUAUAGGCUCAAAAUGAAAAUGGCAUUUCUAGACACAUUGUUCAGAAGGGAAGCAGAGAGCAAAGGAUUAGUUUUCCAUUAGCUCCUUCUUGUCUGUUCACUCAGAAACCUCAGGGCAGCUGUGACUGUGGUUGAUGAAACGGGGCUGCAAGCCACAUGCCAUGUUGCACAGGGCCAUCAGCAGGACACACCUGCUCCCCACCUCCUACAGAUGUCAUCAGCCCAGCUAAUGAUUAUUACAUGCAGGACCAUUAAAGAGAAAUACCACCAUUAAAAUAUGUAAGAUAAACAGAAUUGUAGUAAUCCCUACAAUAAAACGCCCCUGAACAGAUGUUCAUGACCCUGAUUUCUGGGAGAUUAUCCCACUCUCUGUGGACAGUGCUUCACCAGAGCUCAUGAGACGACUAAGACUCAAGAGCCAAUACUGAUGUUUAAGCUCACACCACCAGUGUGCUACUCUUGUACCAGGUUAAGAACAGGUAAGUGCAGCACACAGCUCCUGCAGAAUUAAUGGAGGUGUAGGGACACUGAUACCAUGUAAUACCGUGUUACCUCAGCUUUAAUCUGGGUUGGAAAGGAAACUCGUACAAUACAGCAACUAGCAUGAGAUGAUAAAUAAAAUAAAUCCAAACACGAUACUUCACAUAAAUCCAAACAUGAGUCAAAGGUCUGGCAGGUCUCACAAAGGAUGUGCUUACACAUCACAGGUCUGCUUACAUGCUAAUUGAACUAAGAAGGAUUAAGCAGCUUCCAAGGUCCUGGACUAAGUAAAGGGAAGUUAAAAACCCUUAAAUAACUGAAAUAAUCUGGAGAAAAUCAGGCAGCUUCAGUUCAAACCAGAGAUACAGCAAGUAGAAGCUGGUUCAUCAUUACACAACCCCCUACUCUGAGGAAGUUGCUGUCACCCUGUCCAUCCCUGCCACGCCCCCCCACACCCACCCUCCCCCCCCACAUUUUUCCUCAGCUCCUUCACUUUCAGUACCAGAAGUAAUGCAACAACAGGUCAGAUCAUUUCUACAUAGAUAAACUGUGAAAGAAGACUUUAGGGGAAGGGUAUUUCUGCAGUAAGAUAAUGAGCUGCUUAGCAAAAUAAGCACACGCAUAAUUUCACCAGUGAAGACUGCAAAAAAAUGAAACUUUAUUCUAAGUAAAGGAGCAAUCUUUUAAUACAUUUAUUGGUCCAUUCCAUUAAAUUAAUUGAGAUAAACAAAUGGUGCAUUUAAAAAAAUGUACACUAAUAGAGAAUUACAAACAGUUUUACCUCAAAGCAUUUUUCUCCAUCAAUACUAGUUCCAUAGUAAACAAUGCACAAAGUAUAUUUAAAGAGAUAUAUGAAAGGGUAUAGAAACAUGCCAGCACCAGAAGACAAGACACCUCCUAGCCUGCGAGUCUGAACAAGAGCACAGUUGCCAGAUUUGACCAAGUACAGGAAGCAAAAGCCUCCUUCCCCUUUUUAAAUUGUUUACUAGCUAAUUCACACAGAGACAAGCCUUUUCACAGCUUUCAUUUUGUAUUUUAAUGGUAUGAACAGUGCCUCUAGUUCUGGUGAGUGGGUUUACAGAGUGAAAGCAGAAGAGUCUGGACAAGGAACCAGCACCAUUUUGGUCCCCAUCACUGACACCUUCAACACAGUGUGUGCAGCUCACAGCCAGCUUGCCUUCAACUGCAUGGCCCAACUCUCCAGACCUUAGGGAGGGAUAGAGGGAUGCAGGCACAAAGAAGUGAGAACAAGGACGGUGCUUCUUUAUUUUUGUGUACUGUAGACAAAAGCCCUUUGGCUCUUAUUGUAAGACUGGCCCUCAGCAAUCUGUCUCCUUGUGCAGUGGGAACGUCGCACUGGCCACAACGCUGCAGCUUGAUCUGAAGGUAUGGAUACAUAUCCGGGCACCAGGGUUAACAAAAUGGUUUAGCUUCAAAGCAUAGAAUAUCAAGACCUUCAAAGUAGUCUAGGACAGUGACUAGCCCUUACUGCUUUACCAUGCCAUUUACAUAAGGGUGAUCUACUUAUACCUUUUUGGAAAGUUCAUUAUUUUCUGCAAAUUUAAUGUGCUUUAGGCAUGCAACGUUAAAACUUGUCCAGUUCAUUACUAAGUACUUCUACAUAUCAGAUACUUCAGCAAGAUUUCCAAGUGCUAAGCACAGAAUUAAGCACUGCCAUUUUAAUUUGUAAAUUGGUUCAAGAGCAAUCCCAAAAAGUUUUAAAUGCCACAUUCAGUCUGCCAGAAGAUAACGUUAUUCCUGUGAUCCCGUUUUACUUCACAAGAGGAAAAACAAAAAUAAUCAACAAGCAGUAACAACUUGCCUGUCUUUAAAUAAAAAGUCCUCAUUUUCCCUAUGUAUUGUUGUAGUAAAAGUUAAUAUAUCCAAGGAAAGAAUGUGCUACCUUCAGAAUUUAAGAUGACAGAACAACUAAUGAGCUAACUUAGUCUAUACAGUUUUGUUCAAGUGGUUAUCAGGACAAGGAUUUUCAACAGUCUUCAACAAUAAUCAUAACAAUAUGCAGUUAAAUUGUGCAAGUUUUAGCAAAAGCAUAGCUCCUGUUAAAAUAAUGAACAGUUCCUGCUGAUGUGGGAAAUAAUUCCUUUGUACCCUUGCAUUGGCAGGACUGACAACCGAAGCAACGUCUCAUGAACAGGUUAUACAGAGCCACUGCGUCAAGGCUACUGCACACUUUCUCCACAGAACGGUCUCUGCCACUGAUGCUUUGUUUCUAUCAGUUAUUCCACUACCUUAUCCUUACCACAAAUUUUAGUACAGCAAAAAUCCAAGCAGAUUUCAGUACAGAAUCACACUUUAUUCUUUAAUGCAACUCACACCAAAACUGUUUGUGUCUUUAGGACUACAUGUUACCUUUUCACUUUUCAAUGUAUACCUGAAAAAGCCAUGAUGUUUUAACUUCUAUAUUUAUUGCAAGAUUUAGAACCUGAUAAAGGUAUACAUGAACAAUGCAUGGUCCAUUACUGAGCACAGAAACAAGAUCUCAGUGCUUGCUUUACUGUGCUGGAGCCACUUAAGAGAAGAAACAAACACCACAGAAACUAUACAGAAGUAACUGGGCAGCUGUGAAUUAUCCACUGAAAGGGCCUUGCCUGGCUAGGAUUAUGAGGAAAACUGGGCUGAUUUAAGGACUGC